AUGACUUUUACUGGCAAAGUUGUUUUGAUAACUGGGUCGAGUUCGGGUAUCGGUGCUGUGGUGGCCAUGCAUUUUGCACGACUGGGCGCCCACGUUGUGGUCACCGGUAGGGAUGUGAUGAGAACGAGACGAGUAGCCCAUCAGUGCAGAUGUGUUGCCUCAAGAAAUGCUGAGGUGAUUGAAGUGAUCGCAGACCUGACCAAAGACUGCGAUAUUCGACGCCUGAUUCGGACCACUAUUGAAGAGUUUGGAAAACUCAAUGUUUUGGUGAACAACGCCAAUGUGAGCGGAAUCUCACCGAUCGAUGACCCGAAGUCGGCCUAUAUUUUCAAUCAUAUAAUGCAAGUCAACAUUAGGGCACCUCUUCUUCUUUGUCAGUUGGCAGUACCGCACCUGGAGCUUACUAAUGGGUCAAUAGUAAACGUGUCGAGUCGUGCGGCCACUAAUCCG